AUGGUUUUAGCCAAGGAAGAUAACUUGGUCUAUGGCUUCAGGCUUUCCUCGGUUGGGUCAGGGAAGAUUACCCUGCCAGAUACUGUUCAUGAGCCAAGUGGCAUAGACUUGGCUAUGAAGCUUCACUACCUUAGAGGAGUCUACUUCUUCAGUAGUGAGACAGCGGCAGCGGCAGGGCUAAGCACAGUGGUGUUAAAGGAAUCUAUAUUUCAGUGGUUGGUCGCACACUGGCGGGUGUUGGGCAGGUUCCGGAGGUCAGAGUCCUCUGGCCGGCCCUAUAUUAAGUGUAACGACUGCGGGGCGAGGUUCAUUGAGGCUCAGUCUGAUAAGACCCUUGAAGAAUGGCUAGCGAUGGACUGGUCUCUCCACAAGCUACUUGUUUCUAACCAAAUCAUUGGCCCUGAGCUGUUCUUCUCUCCUCCUGUUCUCUUCCAGUUGACCCGCCUUAAGUGUGGAGGAGUGUCCAUAGGACUUAGCUGGUCCCAUGUUAUGGGAGAUGCCAUUGCUGCUUCAGAGUAUUUCUUCAAUGGCUUGAGUCGAACCAUGUCCGGUAAGGAGCCUUCUUCAAUACCUUACUCGGAAACACCAAAACCAAAUAUUCAGAAUCUAAAGCAACCUUCACCGCUAGCCCUAAAGAAAGUAGAUUCAGUUGGUGACCACUGGAUCACACCCAACUAUCACAAAAUGGAGACCUUCUCGUUCAUCAUCACUCCCACCCAGCUAAACAGCUUGGAGGUCAAGUUACUGUGUCAGGAUACAAACCCGGCUGAAGAAAUCCCCACUUUCGAGCUCAUUUGUGGUGUAAUUUGGCAAUGUGUGGCCAAAGUGAGACAAGGGUCGUCGGAGCCGAAAUUAGUCACAAUCUGCAGAAAAGGGACUAAACGUGCAGCUGCGGUAUGGGGUAACAAUCAGAUAAUAAGCACAGUCGAGGCUGUAGAUGUUGCCAAUAUGGAUCCAAAGAGUUUAGCAGCAAUGCUGGCUAAUCUUGACGUGAGUUACGAGCAAACACACAUUGGAGAAGUGGUGGAGAGCGAUAAUGGAGCGUCGGAUUAUAUUGUGUACGGAGCGAACUUGACAUUUGUGAACUGGGAAGAUGCAGACUUCUAUGGAUUUGAACCUCGUGGACAUAAGCCAGUUUGUGUGAGUUACACCAUACAAGGUGUUGGUGAUGCAGGAGCUGUUUUGGUUCUGCCAAGACCAAAUGGUGAAGGAAGACUGGUGAAUAUUAUUCUGCCUGAGAAAGAAGUUUUGGGGUUGAAAGCUGAGUUGAGGAAGAAUGAUCUUAUUCUUGAGAUUAAUUAG